UGAAACUCAGCUGGGUUCUUCGCUCAUUGCUUUUUCUCUGCUUCUUUUUUUCUCUGCAGACCGAACCCAGGAAAGAGUUGAACCUGCCUAGCAAACGAUCCCUGACAGCCCCCAGGAGAGGGUUCUAGUAUCAGCCCUGAUCAGGGGAGUGACAGCUGACGUCCAGCCUGCUCUGUGCCUCCCCCGCCUCUCCGCUCCGCAGAAGGAUGUCUCAGUGGUAUGAACUACAACAACUUGACUCCAAAUUCCUAGAGCAAGUGCAUCAACUCUAUGAUGACAGUUUUCCUAUGGAAAUUAGACAGUAUCUGGCACCUUGGUUGGAAAAGCAAGACUGGGAGCAUGCUGCCAUUGAUGUCUCCUUUGCCACAGUAUGUUUUCAUGAACUUCUCUCUCAGCUGGAUGAUCAAUAUAGCCGCUUCUCUCUAGAGAACAAUUUUUUGCUGCAACACAAUAUAAGGAAAAGCAAACGUAAUCUUCAGGAUAAUUUUCAGGAAGAUCCAAUACAGAUGUCUAUGAUCAUCUCUAAUUGUCUGAAAGAAGAGAGGAAAAUCCUGGGAGCUGCCCAGCUAUUUGAACAGGCUCAUAUGGGGAAUAUUCAGAAUGCUGUUGUUCCAGGCAAACAAAAGGAAAUUGAUCUGAAAGUCAAAAAUGUGAAGGAGAGAGUUAUGGACAUAGAACAAGAGAUAAAGGUGCUGGAAGAUUUACAAGAUGAAUAUGACUUUAAAUGCAAAACCCUUAGUAACAGAGAGCAUGAACAUGCUAAUGUGGCACCAAAUGAACAUAAGCAGGAAAAGAUGUUAAUCCAAAAGAUGUACUUAAUGCUGGAUCAAAAGAGAAAGGAAGUUGUGCAGAAAAUAAUAGACCUCUUAAAUGUGACAGAACUUAUCCAGAAUGUUUUGCUUAAUGAGGAACUGGUGGAAUGGAAGCAAAGACAGCAAAGUGCAUGCAUUGGAGGGCCUCCUAAUGCUUGCUUAGAUCAGCUACAGAACUGGUUCACCAUUGUUGCUGAAAGUCUCCAGCAAGCUCGCCAGCAGCUUAAAAAACUUGAGGAAUUGGAACAGAAAUACACCUACGAUCUGGACCCUAUCCCCAAAAACAAAGACAUUUUACGCGACCGAACUUUGAAUCUCUUCAAGCAGCUAAUUCAGUGUUCAUUUGUGGUAGAAAGACAGCCGUGUAUGCCAACUCAUCCACAGAGGCCGUUAGUCCUGAAGACUGGAGUGCAGUUCACUGUGAAAUUGAGGUUGCUGGUGAGAUUGCAGGAACUGAAUUAUAAUUUGAAAGUGAAAGUCUUAUUUGAUAAAGAUGUGAAUGAGAAGAAUACAGUGAAGGGGUUUAGGAAAUUCAACAUUUUGGGGACACACACAAAAGUUAUGAACAUGGAGGAAUCUACUAAUGGAAGCUUAGCAGCAGAAUUUCGGCAUCUGCAACUGAAAGAACAGAAAAACACAGGCACCAGAACUAAUGAGGGCCCUCUCAUUGUUACUGAAGAGCUUCAUUCCCUAAGCUUUGAGACCCAGUUGUGUCAGCCUGGCUUGGUAAUUGAUUUAGAGACAACAUCCCUGCCUGUUGUUGUGAUUUCCAACGUUAGCCAGCUUCCCAGUGGAUGGGCAUCCAUUCUAUGGUACAACAUGCUAACAACAGAACCCAAGAAUUUAUCCUUCUUUCUGAACCCACCGUGUGCAAAAUGGUCUCAACUUUCAGAGGUGUUGAGUUGGCAGUUUUCCUCUGUCACAAAAAGGGGACUUAAUUUAGAACAGCUGAACAUGUUGUGCGAGAAACUCCUAGGCCCCAAUUCCUCUAGCUCUGAUGGUCUUAUUCCUUGGACAAGAUUCUGCAAGGAAAAUAUAAAUGAUAAAAAUUUUCCUUUCUGGCUAUGGAUUGAGGGCAUCCUUGAACUUAUUAAAAAGCAUCUAAUUUGUCUCUGGAAUGAUGGGUGUAUAAUGGGUUUUAUAAGUAAGGAGCAAGAACGGGCAUUACUAAAAGAUCAACAGCCUGGGACAUUUCUGCUGAGAUUCAGUGAAAGUAGCCGGGAAGGAGCAAUCACUUUUACUUGGGUAGAAAGAUCACAGAACGAACCUGUGUUUCAUGCCGUUGAACCCUACACAAAAAAAGAACUCUCUGCUGUUACUUUUCCUGAUAUCCUUCGGAAUUAUAAAGUCAUGGCUGCUGAGAAUAUCCCUGAAAAUCCUCUGAAGUAUCUCUACCCAAAUAUAGAUAAAGACCAUGCUUUUGGCAAAUACUACUCUAGGCCAAAAGAAGCCCCAGAGCCAAUGGAAGUUGAUGGCUCCAAAGGAACUGGAUACAUCAAGACUGAACUAAUUUCUGUAUCUGAAGUUCACCCCUCCAGACUUCAGAGUACGGAGAACCUUCUGCCUAUGUCUCCUGAGGAGUUUGAUGAGUUUUCUCUGAUAGUGGGCCCUCUAGAACUCAACAAUGCGAUGCGUGCAGCCCUUUAAUAUUUGAAUUUCGUUCAUCUCUUCCGAAUCAGACUUAUCUGCCCAUCACUGGCUCAUUUCUGACUCUCUGCUCCUCCACAGCCUAGGUUAUAUAGAGAAAAGAAUGUCAUAUUAACGAGUUUGCUUCCGUGAAUUUUUUCUUAUCUCAAAAACACCUAUUUUACUCUGAAGGUUUGCAUCGGCCUCAAUGAAGGUAAAGCACACGGGUCAGACAUGGAGCAAGGGUAGGAGUCUUUUUAAGGGAACCUAACUCAGUGCUGUGCACAUAGUGGGUGGACUUGGUUGAAAUUAUAGGUCAAAAUAUUUAUAGAGGGAAUUUUGGGUGUGGGAAUGAUUAUUUUCUACAUCAAAAAAAUAUUUUAUUUUAAUGGCUAAAAGACAAUUUCUAUGUUGUCAGUAUAGUAGGACUGUCCCCCUCCUUUUUUCCCCACCCCCCCAGACAAUGUUACAUUUAUGAAACAAAUCUUUGAAAGUGGAAAUGACCAUAGUUAUACAGUAUUUGGCAAUUAAUUUUAUAGCACUUUGGAAAGACAAACUUCUCAUCAAAUGUAGGCAUCUCCCACAGCAGAAGCUACACUUUGCAUGUCUUUCUCCCAAGCCCCAACUUCCCACUAAAAUAGUGUGCCAUAUAUUGUAUAAGGUUUGCCAGACUGGCCGUUUAAAAAUAAUACAGUAAAUGACCAUUAUUGGCGCAGUUGGCUGUGUGUUUGGGUUAAAGUUAAAGAAAAGUUGCUGGCUAAUGUCCACAAAGGCCAAGUACGUGUAGUAAAUUCAUAAAUUUCUGUGUUUAUACACACACACACACACACACACACACACACACACACACACAUCCUUACAAAGAACUUUUAAAAACAUUUAUCUUCAUUAGGGUUGUCAGAAACGAACAUGUUUUUGCACUUCCUAUCAGGUAGGUAAGGCUCAACAAAUAUUUUAAUACAUCAGCACUUGGAGACAGGGCCAAAGGUGUGUUUUACAUAAAUAAUUAACUUUAACUAAAAUGUAGAUAUAAGCAAAUUAAUAAAACGGAUAGGCAGUAGCUGGGGUUUGAUGUCUUAGCCAUAGGAUGUAGAUUUAACUUUUUAUGUGGGAAGACAGAUUAGGGAGCCAAAAGUGGGAAUAAUAUACAGAUAUUGGCUAAUGUUGAAAUUCAUAAUCUUGUCUGUAAUAGAGGAAAAUGUUUGCUUUUCUGUGUACCACACCAGGGGUACAAAAAGUCAUGUUAAUUUUAUAUUUUAAAUGAAAAUGUUAGAUUAGCUCGGUGUUUUCAUUGUCUUCUGCCUAUACUAGCACUGAAAUGAAAAGCUAUGGUUUGGAGGAGGUAGGAAGAGAAGCAAGAGAUUUUUAACUUUGUGAAAAUGACCUCAAAGAAAAUGCAUCUACUUGACCUAACUGUAUCUCAUUGUUUCUACCAUCAUUACAACUGUAUUUUUCAUGGUCAUCAAUAUUUCUUUAAAUCAAUUUAAAAACAACAAAUGAAUGAUAAAGUAUUUGUAUUGCCUUAGGAAACUUGCUGCUUUGCUUGGUGCUGUCCUCAGUUAAAUCAUUGCCGUUGUUCUAACUCAGAUGUCUCUGUCGUGUCUUAAACUUUGCAAAAUGCUUUCCUUACAACCAAACACCCUCACGGCUAUGGCUCUAAUCCCUACACACAUUGUCCAAAAUAAGAUGUCACAGAUCAAAAAGUGGUUUGGGGUGAUUCUUACCAACACGGGAGAGGGAAGGAUAAGCAUAAUUUUAAGAGAUUUUAUUCCUAUUCAUCUGCAUCUAUUUUUGCUAUUUAUUGUAGCUCUGUUAUUAUGAUAGAAGGAAACUCCUCAAAGAGCAAAACAGUACCAAUGACAACAAUCCAUUUUUUAAAAAUGACUUGAGGGGGCAGCUAGGUGGUGCAGUGGAUAAAGCACCAGCUCUGGAUUCAGGAGUUUCUGAGUUCAAAUCCGGACUCUGACUCUUGACACUUACUAGCUGUGUGACUCUGGGCAAGUCACUUAACCCCCAUUGCCCCGAAAAAAAAAAAAAAAGACUUGAGACCACUAUAAGGACUAACCUAGAAAUACCAUAGUUAGUG